AUGCAGUACAAGAAUAAUGGUUCUUUUGCAUUGAUGAACUUAGAUGAUGAUGAGAGGCUAAAGAAUGUUCUUUGGCCAUAUCAACGUAGUAGGGCGGCCAACCAGUAUUUUGGUGAUGUCAUCACAUUUGACACCAUAUACCUCACGAAUAGAUAUGGGAUGUCGUUUGCACCAUUUGUUGGUGUAAACCACCACGGGCAGUCCAUUCUUUUGGGAGCGGGGUUGAUUUCAAGUGAGGAUACAGAGACCUUUACAUUGUUUUUCCAAACCUGGUUGCAGUGUAUGGAUGGUAAACCUCCAAAAGCUAUAAUUAUUGAUCAAGAUGGAGCAAUGAAAAACGCAAUUGCUAAUGUCUUUCCAGAAAGUCGGCAUAGAUUCUGUCUGUGGCAUAUACUGAAGAAAGUUCUCAAAAAGCUUGGGUCAUAUGCUGCCUACAAAAGUGGACUAAAAAGUCACUUAAUGAAAUGUGUGUAUGACACUCAAACAAUUGAGGAGUUUGAGAAAUGUUGGGAUGGAUUAAUUAACACAUACGACUUACAUGAAAAUGUCUGGACAAACUUGAAGGAGUUUGUUGACCAGUUUGACAGUGCACUAAGGAAGAAAAUUGAGAAUGAAAACAAUGAAGAUUUCCACACAUUUAGCGUCACCAUUCCUUGUAUAUCUAGAUCUCCAAUUGAGAAGAGAUUUCAAGAGUUGUACACGAACGCUAAAUUUAGGGAAGUCCAGCAGCAAGUAAUAGGUGUGCUCGAUAUGGAUCCACAUCUACUUAGUGAGGAUGGUAUAAUGAAAACAUAUCUGGUGGAAGAUGAAGUUCGUGUUGAAGAGUUCGCUAAGCUUGUUACAUAUUCAGUGAACUUCAAUGUGGAAGACUGCGAUAGAAAAUGUUCAUGUGGGUUAUUUAAGAUGAGGGGGAUAUUGUGUAGGCAUAUUUUAGCCAUUUUCAAAGCUAACGGUAUAAAGUUAUUACCAGACCGGUACAUUUUAUAUCGAUGGAGGAAGGACAUCAAGAGGAGAUAUACGUUAAUCCACAAUCGCUAUGAUGCUGGGAAUUAA